UUACCACUGUCGUAAAUGAAACGGGAAUCACCUGCGUUUAACGUGAAGCGUGGAGUUAGUUCAUUAAACCAUCUUACACUGAAGAUUUAGUUUAUAUUUCUUCGUUUUAUAAGAUCACUUAGAUAAGAGGACAAGAGUGACCGAUUACGACUCGCAAGGAUGUUUAAAAAAUUUGAUGAAAAGGAAAAUGUUUCAAACUGUAUUCAGCUGAAGACGUCUGUAAUUAAGGGUAUAAAGAAUCAGCUGUUAGAUCAGUUUCCCAACAUCGAUGAUUGGCUCAACCAGAUAAUGCCCAAAAAGGACCCAGUCAAAAUUGUGAGAUGUCAUGAGCAUAUUGAAAUUCUUACAGUAAAUGGAGAGCUGCUCUUCUUCAGACAGAGAGAAGGGCCCUUCUAUCCCACCCUCAGACUUCUACACAAAUAUCCCUUUAUCCUGCCACACCAACAAGUGGAUAAAGGAGCCAUCAAAUUUGUUCUGAGUGGAGCCAAUAUCAUGUGCCCAGGCCUUACAUCACCAGGAGCCAAACUCUACCCUGCUGACACAGACAAAGUAGUUGCCAUAAUGGCAGAAGGGAAGCAGCAUGCAAUCUGUGUGGGAGUCAUGAAGAUGUCUGCAGAUGACAUAGAGAAAGUAAACAAGGGAAUUGGAAUCGAGAACGUUCACUAUCUGAAUGAUGGACUGUGGCACAUGAAGACGUAUAAGUAAACACAGAUAUGAGGAUGCGGUGGAAUCGUUUGGACUCCUUGUCACCAGGCUGCUACUGUUUACAUGAAUGGACUCAACUGUCUACCAUGCCGAAAGCUUUGAAAACGACCCCAUUUUAAUGCACAAAUAAAAUCCGUAUUCAAGUCA